AUGACUGAUUUUAUUAGCUAUGGCUGCAGUGUGAAGAAUCUUAUUGUAACAUCACGAGACACUCACAUCAUGGAAGUAUCAGGAAAUCAUAAAUACGACCGAACCAAUAAUGAUGUCACUACAUUUUAUGCUUACAAUCCACCUUUGAAAUACAUUCCUAAACAACUAGGCUUUAUUUUCUCAAAUUUGAAAACAAUUUUUAUAACAAAAUCAAGUUUAAGUUUAAUUGAGUUUCGAGAUUUUCAAAACAUGAAGAAAUUACAGAAACUUUAUUUGCCAGAAAAUCAAAUUGAAAAAGUUCCAUUUUGUGUGUUUAAAUAUGUUAAAAAUUUGGAAGUUAUAGACCUAAGCGGCAAUCAAAUAAAAGCUUUACAUGAGGAUACUUUCACUAAUCUACCUAAUUUACUACAGUUCAUCUGCGGUGACAAUGACAUUGAACAUCUAGAAAAUGGCUUGUUUCGAAACAAUUUCAACUUGAAAAGGGUGCACAUGCAAGAGAACCAACUUAAAACCAUUGAAAUAAACUUUAUGAAGAUCAAGGGCAUAGAAGUUGUAGACUUGAGGUUCAAUCCAUGUAUAAAUUUAAGUUUCGGAUGCUGCAAAGGAAUUCCAUUGCGAGAUUUUCAAAAUCAAACAUCAGGAAAUUGUAAUGGACCAGAAGUAUGUUAAUAAAUGAUUAACGACAGUUUGUAAAUCUUUGUGACAUACUGCGUGAUUAUUAAUAACCAAUGAAUAAAAUGUAUAAAAGAACUGAC